AGAUUAACUGUAUCCAUGAAAGACUUUAAGAUAAAUCCAAACAGUAAGGCGUAUAAUGAGGGAGUAAAAGUUGGUGAUUAUGUUGAGGCUGUAAAUGGUCAUAGGACAGAAAACAUUAAUAUUGGGGACACACAGCUAAUAAUCAAAAACGCAUCUGAUGAACUUCUUCUUCAACUAAGAAGGAGUGAACCAAAAUCAAACGGAGUGUUGAAUGGAGACAUACAUCAUUCAUCAGACACACAUGUAAACUCAGGUGCAGGACGUAGACCUGCAUUAAGAUCAAACAAAAUGGAUUCAUAUCAUAAUCAAACACCUUCGUCUUCUACCUCAGGGUGGUCACAAUAUGGUGGUGAGAAAAAUAGGAAGAAAAAUAUUGCACCAUUAUCUUUAGAUGCCACUAAUACCUUACCUACCACAAACACUGCAGCUUCAGGCUCCCAUCCCAUUAGUAUGAAAGACUUUAUAAACUUUGAAGCUGAUGCUGUAUUCAGUCAGUCUCCACCAACAAGGCCAAAAUAUAAACAAUCAAUUAGUUUACCAAUGUCACCAACAUCUUCCGAGAGAUCAUUUGUUUUACCACGACAGCCUUUGAGUCCAGGAAGUUAUCCACAUCAACAAUUGUCAGGUUCCUAUAUUGAACGGGCUACUAGACCUCUAGACAUACGAUGGGGCGAAAGACGACAUCGGUCUAGCAUGCAGCGGCUAUGGGUCCAAAAUAAUCCUGACAGCUUUAAGUAUGGAAAUAAGUCACUGUAUACUACUAAACCUGCUUCAAGUUACGGUGUGAAACAACCACAUGCUAGAUCAUCACCUAGUCUUUCUCCUGCUGGUAGUACCAGAGGCUUGUACCUUUUUAGACAUCAGCAAGAAAAAAAUGCCUGUUUAAGUGAUGAUAGUCAAGAAAUAAAUGUGGAACAGUCCAAUCAACAGCAUAAUAUGCAGCCUUAUCAUCAAGGACAUUCUACAGCUCCUUAUUAUACGUCUUCACAGAACUUAGGUCAUAAAGUACCUAGGAAAGCUUCAUUUGAAAGGAAUGUUCCUAUUACUGUGUUAGCUAAACCGCAAAGGAACAGAAGUGCAAGUGAAUCAGAUCCUUAUGGAUUGAAUCUUGGACCGGUACCAGAUUCUGGCUUUUCGUCAUGGCAAAGUGGCCUCUCUGAGCCACCAAAACAAAUUUAUAGUGCUGGAUCUUAUGCAACUUUACCAGUGAAACGAUCAGCAAAACAACAACAGCCUGCCGUUAAAACAGCUCGGGACACUAAUACAAUCCAACACCAAAAUGAUGGACAUUUUGAUUUUAACUUAUAUUCUACAUUACCAACGAUAAAACCUUUAAAAUCUACACAAAAAGUGGAAUCUAGUGACAAUAUCAGACAAAAUCAAGGUUUUCAAUAUUCAAAACCAGUAUGGACCAAUCAGGAACAACCUAGACAACCACCCUUGUAUCAAUCGUACAGAGGUACACAUGGUGAUAGCACUCCCUCCAAUAGUUCUACACUUACUAGUUCAGAUUCUCAUGACACUAUUGUAAGUGGUUCAAAGGAAGUAAGAAAACCCAUUAAUGUAAUUCAUGAAGAAAUGAAACCCAUUCAGGUUGUUCAUGAAGAAAGUAAACCCACUUUUUUCAAUCAUGAAGAAAAAGUCAAACCUCAAAAAAUUAUUCAUGAACAAUUUAAACCUGUAAGUAUUAGACCCGAAGAAAUGAUUAAACCUAAAAGAGCUGUUCGUGAGCAGGCAAGACCACAACAGGUAGCAGAAGUUCAGGAGGAGAUCAUAGUUCCCCAGAAGAAGGAGGAUGUUCAGGCAAAAAGCAGAGUUACUAAUACUUUUGGCAGUUUACCAAAGACUACAAAAACUCCAAGUCAAAAGAAAGACCUUGGAACAUUCAACACACUUCCUUCUAAAUCAACCACUUCACCCACAGUUAAACCAUCACAGCCAGUUUUAAAUGGAAAUGUUACUAGUCAUCAUACAGUAGGUCCUUUAUCUCCAACAUCAAAACCAGGUGUAUGGUCUCCUGGAAUGAAACCAUCAACUUUUAAAAAGACAGAGCCAGAAAUUAGCCCAAUAGAACCCCCUAGAUCUGACAGUUCAUUCUCUGUAAAACCAAUCUGGACACCAGGUGGAAGCCCUUCUGGUGUGCGGAAAGAGUUUAAACCUGUUAAAUUAUGUACAGCAGCUAAACCAGUCUUAGUGGAAAGACCUAAACCAAAAGUUAUUUCACCAUCAGUAAAACCAGAAAUAUUUGAAUGGAAACCACAAGACAGUCCCAGUGCCAAAGAUCCUACCAUAAACAAAGUACCCACUAGUGUUGUUCAGUAUCAACUGGCUGGCUCCAAGCUGGAAUCUUUACUACCAGAAGCUAUACAGAAUGCUCCCCACAUGAACGGAAGUGUAGAUAAUAAUUUAUUAAAUGAUUCUAAAGAUGAUCUCCAUUUACCACAAACACAAAGUCCCUAUAUAACUUUAUUGAAGAAAAGUCGAGAGAGUGAGAAGACUGACGACAUCAAAAACUUGGGUCAACCAAUUAUGGUUACCAAGGAGGGCCAGUUCCCAAAAGGUGCCAAAUAUAUUGGCAAAGUUGAAAGUCACGAUGGGGAUGUACAACAUACAGACGAGUAUUAUACUACCAAACAUAUAGAAGAAGAAUCCUCAUCCAAAGUCAUUGAGCAAAAACCAAAAAUAUUUGAAGGUAUUGGCCCUGUUGAUCAUGAAGGAGUGCCUCUGGCAUUUAGAAAAAAUAUUGAUGAAAAAAAUCAACAUGCAUGGUAUCGACAAAUGUACAAAAAUUUACAUAAAACAGAGAAAAAGGAUGAAUUAUUGGGUAUUAAUGACAUCAUAGACUCCAUUUUCGAGGAUGCAGUGAAAAAUAUAGAAGAAAACACAUAUAGGCCUACCUACCAAUUUCCAGAAGACCACUCUGAUACCAAAUCAGUAGAAGCUAAAACAAAGGAGAAAUCAGACACUGAAGUUAAUGGUAAAGUCAAUCCAUACAGACCAAGUUAUGAGUUACCAUCAAGAUUCGCAGAUGAAUCUGGCUACAGAUCGGAACCAGAAGGAAGAUCCUAUGGUAAACCCAAGAACCGAAGUAAAAGUAUAUCAGACGAGAGUCGACGAUUAUAUAACUAUCCACCACCACAAGUACGAUCUAAAAUUGAAGUGUACAGAAAUCAACCCAGAAGUAUCAUGGAUUAUGAACCUGGUUUCUCAUCAUUGGCUUUCCAAGAAGUCAAAACGAAUUCAGAGAGAAGGCAACGUUCACAUUCUGUUCAUUCGACUGCAAGAAAACAGAAUAAGGUACAUAAUCCACCUAUAGAUAAACCUGGACAGUUCAGUAACUAUACUGUUGGUGGUAAAAAACAGAUAGAGGCUGAGCCCCUACCUGAUGAUCAUCCAGGUGAUGAUAAAGAAUCUUAUAAACGAGUGCAACUAGGAGGUGAAAUCCCUAUCCAUGGGUUACAAAAACCUGCCCCUCCCAAGCCAAAAAAAUGGACACCAGCUCAUGUCAAAACAGACGAACAAUAUAAGGGAAGCUACCCAAAUGCACAGAACACAAAUCUGACUAAUGUUGUUGUGUCAAAUAGUGAACCCAACUUGACUCGAUAUCAACCUGAAGCUACAUCUAAAUCACAACCCAUCUCACCUAGUAAUGUGCCUAGUCCCCCUGCUCGUACCCAUCAAUCACCCACUAUUAAACCCGCAAAACUACGGAUGCCACGCAGCAGUUUGUCUGCUGUUGAACAAUUGGGUGUUAAAAACCCACCAUUGGUGAAAACUAAUGAAAAUGGAGCAUUUAAACAUCAAACCAGUGAUGUUAUACGCUCGGUGCCAAUGUCUGAGAAAGAAAGGAGGAGAAAGGAAGAGGAUAAAUUAUAUAGAAGACAAAGACUGGAACAAUUAUAUGAAGAGGAAAGAAAAAGAAAAGCAUUACAAGAAGAACAAGAUAUACAAUCUCGUAGACAUAAUGAUUUCUUUAUGCCAUCGAUGAAAUCUCCUAUAUCUAAUGACCGAUUUAAUGAAACUAAUGGAAUGGUAGGAGGAUCUCCAACAACAGGAAUGACAUUAUUGAGUGUUCCUGCUGAGAGAAGAAGGGGCUUUCAGAUUCAGGGUAAAGCAAGAGCAAAAUAUACUUUUAAUGCCCAGAAUGCAAGGGAGCUGUCAUUUAGAAAAGGUGAUAUUAUAUACCUAUUAAGACAGAUAGAUAAAAACUGGUUUGAGGGAGAUAGACAUGGAACUGUAGGAAUUUUCCCUGUUAACUAUGUAGAGGUUAUGACCUCUAUCGAGGCAGCACAAGCAGCCGCUGUACAAGCUGAAGGUCAAGGACGUGUUAAAUAUAAUUUUACAGCACAAUCUCCAGUGGAACUCUCACUGAGAAAGGGUGAAUAUGUAACAUUGUUACGUACAGUAGAUGAAAACUGGUAUGAAGGUAGAAGUGGUAACAAACAGGGUAUCUUUCCAGCAGCUUAUAUUGAAAUCAUUCAAGAACCCUCCACCCCUCUUAUAACUCCUGCACCAUCUGUUAUUUGUACCCCUAUGACUGGAAGAGGAACUCCUGAGAUGUUAUCUCCUGUUGGUUAUGAUGCUCCUACACCACCCCCUCAACCAUCACCCAGUGCAUUUAACCAGAGCCGAUUUCCUGCAACACAAUUUGGCUACCGUCAACAACAGCAACAGAGUCCUGGUGCUCUACGAUCUCAAUCUAAUCCACUCUCUCCUAUUAACCAAGAAUUGGAGCAGAGAAUUUUAGGUCAAAUUAAACCUCAACUAAGUCCAACACAACCUAAAAAACAAGUCACUAUAAACACUGUAACGAGACAGGAAGCUAAACCAGUGGCUACUAAACCAAGUUAUGGUGUCAAAAGUAAAGUCCCUGACGAUGAUUUAGCUAUAAAUAGGUAUCGUGCUAUAUACAUGUAUAAGCCACAGAAUGAAGAUGAAUUAGAAUUACAGGAAGGUGAUGAAAUAUAUGUUAUGGAACAGUGUGAUGAUGGUUGGUAUGUGGGAACCUCUGGUAGAACAGGAAACUUUGGAACCUUCCCUGGAAAUUAUGUACAGUUGAUCUGACAGGAAAUGUGAAUAGAAUAAAGAAAUAAGGAAGAAAUAUAUAUUUUUAUUUGUAAAUUAUUAUUGAUGCAUGAACAAAAACAUUACAGCAUAAAUUAUAUAAUUAUGGCUUGUACUUGCCAAACUAAGUAUAUAUAGUGCUAUUAAAGUGAAAAACAAACUUGAACUUGUGUGCAGUGGUUGCGUUUUCAUGUUGAACGUAUUGAAGUGGUUAUUAUGGGGAGAUAACUAUUAGAGUCGUCAUACCCUAAACAUUAACACAAGAGAGUUUUGUAGCUACAAGUUCAAAUUGUGUGUAGUUAAAAGUUUUAAAGAGUUCAAUACAAUGUCUGUAUUUGUUUACCGAUGGGUGUUUAUUGUUGAUUCAUAUCAGAGAGGAUUAGAAGGAAGCCAGAGCAAGACAGAAAUAUGAAAUGUGGUUUAAAGUUUCAACAAAAAAAACAGACUGCCUCAAAUAUUUGUAAAUGAUUAUAUAAUAUAUUGUAAACAUAAACAAUUGUGUAGGAAACGAUUAGGAAAGUUUUUAUUAAAGAUCUUCUAUAUAAUGCUACAAUACUGUGAUAAUGGCAUGACAGAGAUAGAUGUACAUAAACUGAACAGCAACUUAAUGAUGUAAUGAAUUAACAUACAAGAAUUUUAAAUAACUGUUAAUUUACUUAUAAUCCAAGUAUUAUGCCUCUCAGCAUCCCAAAUUAUAUUUGCACUUAAAUUUUGUUACUUUGGAAUUUUUUUCGUUCUUCCUGCUAAAACCGUUUCUUAGAUUAUUUAGUGAAUAGUAUGUAAUGAUCUGUGCUAAUAAUUAAUUACACUGUAAAUCUGAAUUGUAUAUAGGCCUUGCUAGAAAACUUUAGAUUGUAUUAUUUCUUAUUUAUAUACAGUAAGAAUAUUUAUAUCCGUAGUCAUUGGAGUGCCUUUAAGUAUGCACACUUUUGCAUAAUUUAGCAUGUUAAAUUUUAUAAAAGAUAAUAUUUAUGUGUUGUGAAAAAAACCUUAAAGUGUUGUGCAUUUGAUUAUGUGACUAUUGUUUUAUCUUUUGUUAUAUUUCUAUUACUAUAAUAUUAGAAAUAAUACUACUGCUGUUAGUCAGUUUACUUCAAGAAAUAUAUAUUGAACUGUUACAUGGCUUAUUAAUGCUUUUUUUAGUUGAAGUCAUACAGUAUUUUAUUACAAGCUUAUUAAUUAAGUUAUACUGCUUUAUAACACUUAUGGACAUCUGACAAGAAAGAGAAUUUAAAAGUCCUGCCAAUUUUGAUAGAAAUAAAAUCCCAUUCGAUCCAAUUUCUCGGAAAUAUAAUUUGCAGAAAAUCGUGACAAUAUGCAAACUUGAACAACGCAAUCAGUUCAGAUUGAAUUGAAGCUUCACUUGGUGCUACAUAGUAAAAUGGAUGUAUAUGUGUGUUCAUGUUUUUAUUUAAUAAAUUACUGACCUAGGAGUUCAAUAGGCUCUCGGUAGAAUAUUGAUAUUGUUAUUAUAUUGUCCAUGUACAAACAAUCUUUUAUACCCUGUUUUUAAUCUAUUUUCUGAUCUUGUAGAUAGAUAAAGCAAUUAUUAUGGUUUAUAUGUGACCUUUGUCUUUAAAAUUUCUAAUACCUCACUACUCUGCUUUACCAUGUUCAAAAAAUAUUUGUUUUAAAUUCAAUCCAUUAAUAUUAUUAUUAUUAUUAGUCAACCCAUCCCAUAUUUUGUUGGUUUUAUUUAUUUUUUUUUAAUAAAUAUUUUCUAGUUUUUCAUCAAAAUGUAAGUUUAUAGCCAUAAGGCAAUUACCAACAAUUCAAUUUUUUAUAACACCAAAUUCAAAGCUCACUUUUUUUUGGCUUAAAUAUUACUUGAAAUGAUAAAUUACCAUUUGGAUCAAUUUCCGACAUUACUGAUGAUCAUGAAUAAAUAUUAUUACUAGGAUGUGGUGUCUAGAUUAUUAUUAUUAUUAUAGACAGUAGAAUUUUUGUUUGACUGUCAUGUUUAUUUCUUGUUGGUGCAUGAGGAAAAUAAAGAAAAAUGUCUAAAAAAAUA